AUGACUACAGUUGCGCUGCAUGGAGACGAAGCCGUUCUGGAAUUUGAUAUCCCUGACACUGUUUUACUACCCAAUCUAACAGCUCUUACCCUUGAUAUACCCAAUCAAAAUAAUCUACGAUCGAUGGGAAACCUUACUGCAAAGUCAUUCCCGGUUAUCGAUCAAGUGUAUUAUUUUGGAACUGUAACAUUUGAUCCAAGCUUUGAAAAACUUACAAAUCUAAAAUCAAUGACUGGCAAUGUUGGAAUCGUUGGACCCCUCAAUCAAGAAACUGCAUUAUGCAAGUUAGGCGGUGUCGUAUUGACGGAUACUGGUGUAACAUCAGUUCCAGAUUGUUUCUGGUGUUAUAUUAACGAACCAUAUGGUAGAUUUGUAGUUGGCUCCAAUGUUAAGAUACCAGUUGGAUUUAAAUGUACAAUCACUUUUGACAGUACAAAUAUAAUAACAGUAUUCAAACGGGGUGUCAUCAAGGGUAAAAAUAUAGGGUGGGGUGUAACUAUCGGAAGUAAUCUUCUUGUUCCAAUCGUUCCAAAUGAACAGUUAGAGGUUACCGUCAGUGGAGUUGCAGCCACCGGACCACCACAAUUAUUCAAUAUUCAGUUUGGUGAAAACUAUCCUCAAUACACAUUCCCAUUCAAUGUGACAGAGGCUGGAUUCAAUGUAUCAACACCUACUACCAAUCAACAACCAAACUUUAAAACCACCGUCGCUGUUACAUUCUCGACUAUGAAUACUUACUUUAAUCAUUCUGCGUCGAUUAAUGGUGUAGUGCCAACAACAUCAUCAAACGUUGCCAAUACCUAUCAAUUUAUAUUCUUUGGUCUUGCAUUUGGAACAAAUAAUGUUAAAAUUGCCAAUGACUAUUAUUCAAUCAUUGUUCCAGUUCAAUAUGCACAAUCAUACCCAAUUGUCAAUAAUUUUGUAUCAGAUCCAAUUAUUGUAUCUGGAUCAACGAUUCAAUUGGAGGGUAAUUUUGGAACAUUUCUCGUCAGUUCAUCGGCCACCAUUCAAAAUAGCAACAGUCAAUACAACUACUCUGUUUGUUUAAUCACCGAGUUUACAACAACUAGAAUAUCGUGUCGUGUAGUGUCACCAAUUUCAAGUGGUCUUGCUACUUUUAAUAUCACUGUCGAUGGAUACUCUAUUCUCAACCAAUACUCUAUUCAAUCUGCUCAACAACAAUGUGAGAGUAUCACUAAUCAUUGUGCUGGUAAUGGUGUUUGUACUCCAGAUGGUAAUUGUAUUUGCAAUAUUAAUCAAGGUGCUUAUUAUAAUAAUUGUUCAAAACCAUAUCCAUUUGCAACGAGUGGACAAGUGAAUGAUCAAAAUACAACACAACGAUCGAUUAGUUUAUUUGGUGAUUUUGGACCCAACCCACUGACCAACUCAUCUGUCAGAAUCAACAACACAAUGAAUUGUAUCAUCGAUCAAGCACAAUCAUCUCAAUCCACCAUUCAUUGUCAACUUGAAUCAUCACCAACCACAUAUGGACCUGCUUCUGUUCAACUAAAUGUCGAUGGAUUGUUGUUUGAUAGUAAAACAUAUCUUAUUAAAUUCAUUAAACCAUCAUCACCCGGUGGAUCAACUACAACUACUUCAACGACAACAACCGCCACCACAACAGGAGGUAAUACACCUAAAACACCUCAAGAAAUAUGCCAAGAGACGACACAAUAUUGUUUUGGUCAUGGAACAUGUGAUGACAAUGGAAUAUGUCAAUGUCAAAAUGGUUUUAAUCCAGUUGAUAAUUGUAUGACUAAAUAUGCAGACAAUACAACCUAUAUUCCCGAUCCAGAAUCACCAUCAACAACCAUCACAGUAGAUGGAGUUGAAUUUGGAUUUGAUAUUGUUGCCAUUCAAGAAAUAGGAUUGGACAAUGAAAUUGUCAAAGAACUAUUGACCAAUAGUUGGUUGUCAAACAUCACCAACAGCAGUUCACUGACCAAUGCAGUCUAUCAACUAGUAAUCUCCAACACAAGUAUACUCGCAGAUACUCAAGUGACAGUAAACAUAUCAUUCUCUUCACAAUCGAGAACCGUCACAUUUGGCAACCAACAACUGCUGAUCAAUCCCAACUCAAUUAAAUUGGCAGUAUCUAUUGUUGAUUGGGAAUACUCUUCAAAUGUAGCAACACUCAGAGUAGUAUUAAAGACAACAACCAACAAUCAACAAUCAAUCGAAUACAAUUGCCAAGAGACAGACAUCCCAUCAUUCUCAUAUGAUGAUUAUGGUACGCUUCAAUAUUUCAGAGUACUCAAAGACAAUGUUCAAUUCAACGGUAGAUUCAUUGACUUUGCAGUAGCAGAUGGUCGACCAACAUAUUCACAAACACUACUCAUCAAUCAAACAUCAAUCAGUUCCAAUCAAACAUCAGCGAUGAUUGGUAUCACACUACCUCAAUGUCAAUCAUGUGUACUCGAUCCCGAUUUCACACCAUUGCUAGUUGUCAAUGAUAAAGAUGGUAGUUGUUCAUCAAAAGAUGAUGACAAAAAGUGGAAGGUUAUCGUUGGAUGCGUUGUUGGUGGUAUCGGUUUUCUUGCCAUCGCCAUUGCAACUACCAUUUACAUUAAAAAGACUCUGACCACAAAGAAAUAUAACAAAAAGAUAGAGAUGAAAUUUCGGAAAUAA